CUGCGUUUCGCUUGGGUUUUGUAACAAGCCGUCUAUUUUUGCACCUCUUUACGCUCUGCUUCUAGGCGGUUUGGUGGUGAAGCCGCAUCCGCACCUCCCGGCCCCUUUUCACCCUUCCCUGCUCUGACAGCCCUGGUUUCCAUUGCAGUCGGGGGGCCUGCGGUCGGUGCAUCCUCCGCUGCGCUGCCAGCACCCCGUAACGUGUGGCUCUACACCUCCGAAUUCGCAGCAGCUGCAGAUCAGAGGCGGGGGGUCUCCCUCGGCCCCGCCGCCUGUGCUCCGCGCGCGGUCUGGUGCGUGGGGGGCUUCAGUGCGCGGCACCCCCGCUUCUCCGCAGCCCCCCGCCUCGUACUCGCCCGGCGCUGCCAAGAUGGUCAUCCGGAAAGAGAAGAAGAGCUGCGGGCAGGUGGUUGAGGAGUGGAAGGAGUUCGUGUGGAAUCCGAGGACGCACCAGUUUAUGGGCCGCACUGGCAGCAGCUGGGCCUUUAUCCUCCUCUUCUACCUCGUCUUCUAUGGCUUCCUCACAGCCAUGUUCACACUCACCAUGUGGGUGAUGCUACAGACUGUUUCUGACCACACCCCCAAGUACCAGGACCGACUGGCCACACCGGGCUUGAUGAUACGCCCCAAGACUGAAAACCUUGAUGUUACUGUCAACGUCAGUGAUACCGAAAGCUGGGACCAGCAUGUUCAGAAGCUUAACAAGUUCUUGGAGCCUUACAAUGACUCCAUCCAAGCCCAAAAGAAUGAUGUCUGCCGCCCUGGACGCUAUUAUGAACAGCCUGAUAAUGGAGUCCUCAACUACCCUAAGCGGGCCUGCCAAUUCAACCGGACCCAGCUGGGCGACUGCUCUGGCAUCGGAGACCCCACUCAUUACGGUUACAGCACUGGGCAGCCCUGUGUCUUCAUCAAGAUGAACCGG